AGUAGUCAUCUGUCGAUGUGUCUAUGGUAGAGAAACUAGUGAAGUGCUAUACGGAUUUGAUGUGUAUUUACCGUUACUUUUUGUGCUAGUGUUGUGUCUAAUAAGUUUCGUGAAAAAUAUUAGUUAUUUAUUUUAAUAAUAGUUACGGUUUCAUAUUAGUUAUUUCUUUUACUAAUAGUUACGUGUUCAUAUUAGUUAUUUCUUUUAAUAAUAGCAAUCAACCAACCUAUCCAAAUCUGCUUGGAGUAGAUCAUUAUUUGCAGUAGACCGAAUUUUUUUCAUUACUUUGAGAUCAUCAGCAAAAAGAUAGCAUUUCGAAUGAUGAAAACUUUUUACCACGUCAUUAAUGAAAACAUUGAAGAGUGAAGAGUGAGGGAGGUAGCCAAAAAGGGAUCAGAUGUGUAGCCACUUAUUACAACAACAGACUCUCUUUCUGUAAGAUAUAGAAAUGGAUAAUGCUGAUGCAAGCAAUCAGCAAGACAGAAGAAUAGAACAAAACGAAGAAGAAUCUAUAAACAACAGCCAAGCUAAAGUACAACAAAAUGAAGAAGAAAAAGAAAAUCGUCAAGAUGGAAAGGAGAAUAGUAAUGAAGAAGAUAUUAAUAAUACAAAUAAAAUUGAAGAGAAAAUGUCACAAUAUAAUGAAAAUAUAAAAAUCUCUAGUUCUAACAAUGGGCUUUCCAGUGAUAAAAGUAACAAAGAAGAAACAUUGUUAGCCGAGCCUACAACAGUAGUCAGAUUUUCGCCUAUGUGGAGACAGUCGCUCGCUGCAAUGGCAUCAAUAUUCUUGAGCUUUACCGCCGGUCUUACGUCUGGAUACUCCGCCAUUUUGUUACCGCAGUUGCAACUUCCCGGAAGUCCUAUACUAAUCGACGAGAGUACAAAAUCAUGGAUAGCUGCAAUGGCUGCACUACCCAUGGCGCCAGGGUGUCUCAUAUCUGGAUGGCUUAUGGAGAAAUUCGGAAGAAAAACAUCACACUACAUUCUCUGUGGACCUUUCCUUUUCGGUUGGAUCCUCAUUGCCUGCGCUAAUAAUUUAACGUUAAUGCUUCUUGGAAGAUUCUUUACUGGGCUUUGCGUCGGUCUGCUGGGUCCUCUUGGUCCUGUAUAUAUUGGAGAAACAUCUGAUCCUAAAUACAGAGGAUUCUUCCUCGCGAGUGUAUCUUUAGCCAUUGCCGUGGGCAUAUUUGUAGCUCAUCUCAUUGGAACAUUUAUUACAUGGCAAUGGACUGCAACGAUUUGUUGCCUGUUUCCAGUUCUAACUGUAGCAAUAUUAGUCUUUAUCCCUGAGAGUCCAACUUGGUUGAUUUCAAAAGGAAAAAUUGAGAAAGGAGCCGAAUCAUUUUACUGGCUGAGAGGCUACGGUGAAGAAGCGAAUAAUGAAUUAAAAGGACUCAUUGAGAGCAAAAAGCUAGUCGACGCUGAACCUGCAAUGAAUUGGAAAGAGAAAUUAAUUAGUCUUAAGAGUCCUGAAUUGUUGAAACCUUUGUUCAUAAUGAUUUCCUUUUUCGUAACUUGUCAAUUCUCUGGAGUCAAUGCUGUUGCGUUUUAUUCUAUAGAAAUAGUAGAAAAAGCUGUCGGUAAAGGACUUGACCAUUACAUGGUAAUGUUAAUAAUAGAUGCUCUAAGAGUUGUUAUGUCCAUUGUCGCAUGUGUAAUUUGUAAACAGUAUGGUAGAAGACCAUUGUGUUUCAUCAGCGGAAUUUUCACAGCCCUAUCAAUGGUAGGGUUGUCUAUGUACUUAUACUGGAAACCACCAAAUCUCACUUGGAUACCAAUGAUGUUUUUGAUGAUGUAUAUUUGUGCUAUAUCUAUAGGUUUAGUUCCAUUGCCAUGGAUAAUGUGCGGUGAAGUAUUUCCAACAAAAGUUCGAGGAUUAGGAUCUGGAAUUAGUUCUGGUACAACUUUUGCGGCGUUUUUCGCAGUUGUAAAAACUGCACCUGGAAUGAUGACGCAUUUAGGAGAAGUGAUUACUUUUCUUAUCUAUGGCGUCAUAGCUCUUACUGGUACUGGUUUAAUGUACUUCAUACUACCAGAAACUAAAGGCAAAAGUUUACAAGAGAUCGAAGAAAAAUUUAGAAAUAAGAAAAAAUCAAAUGACCCUAAAGUUUAGAUUUAUAAUUGUUAGGAAUUAAAUACUUACUCAAAGUUAAUUAGCUUAAAGCGAACAAAUGUUUAUAAUCUGUGAUACUCGUGGUCAUAAAUGACUUUUAUUAAAUAUGUUUAUAAUAUAAAUUACUGCAUUUUUUCUUUUACAUCGUGUAUUACUUAAAAAUGUAACUUCUGUAUUAUCUACUAUAAAUAAACUUAGAUUUAGUGUUAUGUGUGUGAUUGAUAGUAUAUUAUUUUAUCUGUCCAUACUAGACUAGGAUUCUGAUUGUAAUAUUUUAGUCACGCCACUCUAAGCGUGAGGUGAUAAAAUCUUCUAUAAUAUUAUCACCAUGGCCUUGUUUAACAGGUAGCUUAGUAUGUACUUUUGUUUUAGAUUUUUCUUGAUGUAACUAUGCUAUGUUCUUAUAGAUAGCUGAUCUUAUUAUUAUUUUAGAACUUUGCAACAAUGAAUGAGUGCUAAUAUCUUAAGAAAUGAGAUUUGUGAGAGAAAUUUAAGAACAAAUACUUUUUUGCUUAAUAUUACGUAACAAUUUUAUUAUAAGGUUCAAAAUAAAACUGCGAUACUAUUAAAUUUAUAUUUUAAUAUCUCUAGUAACAUUGAACGAUAAAAGGAAAACAAAUAUAUGAUAAUUAAAAUGGCACACGUUUUAGUAAUCUAAUGUAAACUAACAAUAAAUGCAUACCGGUACUGGCACAUGAUAAGCGAUAAUAUUUCUAAAAUGAAAUGUCAUUGUAAUGAAUAAGGAUUUUGUUGCUUUUGUGAAUUAUAUUAAUUUAUGAUUGUUAGAUUUUGUUUCGUACAACUCAACUGUGUCAAGUGGAAUUAGAUACUAAUGAAUAAGAUGAAUCUUGUUCAUUAGAGUUCGACCAUAUCUCAUAUAGAUCCGUGGAGAAAACGCCAUCAUCGUAAGACAUAAUUUUAUCAUGCCGUCGUCAACUGAUUUAGUAAUCUAAUUUGAUAGUAGAAAUAAUGAAAUUAAAUCUUCAUGAUCAAGUUCCUAAAUCUACAGAAUUAGUUUCAU